UUGGGACCGUCAAAUUUUUUGACAGCGGCAGCAGAGAAAAUUUAAUUUGUCCAAGUUCUCUGGCAGCAACUUCGAAGAAAACUGCACGCUUCUCAUUGAAAACCUGCACCGGCUUGGGCGGAAGUGUGCGCACCCACGGCAUCGUGUCUUCUACCGCAGGCCAAUGCUGUAUUUGCAAGUCGCGCCUUUUAAUAUCUAGAUAUUCAUGCAUAAAAAUAUACAAAGCUAUUCGAGACGAUUUUUUAGAAGCGAAUUGGAAAAUUAAUAUAAGAUUAUUUUUCUGCAUACUAAAAUUGCAUAUUCGGGCACGAACCGAAGGAAUUAAAAUGGCGCGCAGUUAGUUCAUUCACAUUGAAGUUCGAAAUUAUCCGAGAAGCAGGCGAAUUAAUUGGUCCGUUUAGCGUAGUCGAAUUGGUGGCGCAUUUUCAGUCAGUCUAGAAUUUGUGUUUUAAGCCGAAAUCAUAAAAAAAGUGGCAAAUAUCCAACUAUCGAACCAGAGAACCGAAGAAUAUACGCAGCAUGUCUUCAACUGCGAAUUCGCCAGCAACGAACUCGUUUUCGGAUGACGAGCAGAGCCGCUCCAAAUGGCAUAUGCAACUAAAUGCGGACACACCAUCGCCAAAUUCAACCACGACCACACCCAUAUCCACACCUACUUCGCUGCAUUCUUUUUCGGCCAGUCUACAACCAGCUGAGGCCGGUGGCAGUGCAAGCGGUGGUGGGGGCAGCGGUUGUGCACCCAAACGUAAAAGUGCCUUUCUUCCGUAUCGCCCACAUGCCACUGUGCUUACGAAUUUGCAACGCGGCAAUACUGAAGCAACCUUUUGUCCAGUGGAAGUCACAUUAUCAUUUCAUGAGCGUGCCGGUCAAGGUGAGAUCACCGAUGAUCAAGUGCGCCUAGAACUCGAGCGCAACGCUAAUAUCAUUGAUUUUAAAGAUGCAACUGGUUUCACUGCUCUGCAUUGGGCUGCUUAUUAUGGUCAGUUGGCUGCAGUUCGUUUGCUAGUGGAUGCUGGUGCUAACGUGAAUGCAGAGGCACCCGAAAUGGUCACUCCACUACUGCUUGCUGCUUGUGGUGGUCACAAUGAGGUUGUACGCUUGUUGCUGGAGCACGGUGCUAGCUCGACGCACAUGGAUAUUGUAGGCAAUACAGCAUUAAUGUAUGCUGCAGCAGGAAAUCAUCCACAUACGUGCAAUGAAUUAUUAGCUAAGGAUCCGGAUAUGACGGCAUCGAAUGAAAAUGGUGAUACGGCGUACUCGCUGGCUGUAGAGAAUGGUGCAGUCCUAGCGCAGGCAGUACUGGAGCAGUACUUGAGUGCUCUGAUGUUGCUGUAAAACAUGAGAAGGCAACUACAUACUUAAGUGGAAAUAUGUUAUUCUUUAACGUGUCAUCACCAACGACAACAAUAACAAAACAUUCCUUACGAUCAGGUUAGUCGUUUGUCCGGCGAUAUUAUCGAAGGCCGUCGUAAAGUCGGCACAGGAAAGAAAGGCAAGCCGAGUAAAAACAAGUACACAUUUGACCUCAACAUACGAUUCUUCACUUGGAAAGCCGACGUAGUAGUAGUGUAUGUAACUAAAGUUAUUGGCGACUACGAUUUACGAUACCAAAGCAAAACUCGAGCGCAAAAAUAAGGAUACUAUAAACAAUACGUAAUGAAAACAAAGAACUAGAGAGCUAAGCAAGAUAUAUGUAGCGGCGGCAUUAACAAAGUCAACAGAUAUACAUACAUUGUUAAGGCAUUAGUACAGUGUUGUACAAAGUUUAAGGCGUUGUGUCUUCAGCAGCUCAGGUUUUUACACUCAUUAGCAAGGCAGCACACGCUUCUUUGGCUUCAUUUCCCUCGAAGAAGAAGUAAGCAGAGCAAAAGAAACCCAAAGCCAGCAAUCGAAUACACCACCGCACCAAACUACUACUACUACUACUACUACCGGUCGUUCACAACCAGCAAAUAACGAAAGAACACACGACUGUCCGCCCGUUCAUCCGUCCGCUGGUUUUUGUUUUUUUUUUUUUUUCAAAACGUGUUGGCGUUCUUCUUCAUCAACGGUAU